AGCCCAAUUAGGCACGCGAUGGAGGCCCCGAGAGAGAGAGAGAGAGAGAGAGAGAGAGAGAGAGAGAUUUCUCGCACUUCGAGGUAGUGAGGAGAUGGAGAAUCUCUGAUCAGGAGUUCUAGCCUUUGGAAGGGCGUUGGAUUUGGACCGAAUCGAGGGAGGGAUUCGUUCCGUCUUGGUCGGAGUGCGGUUUCUGAGGCCUAGGGCAUGAGAGGAUGUGUCUGGCGGUUGCGGUGAAAGCGGACGCGGGCGAGGAAGGGGCGACGACGGUCGCCUGCUCGAUCUGCCUCGAGACCGUGACGAGUGACGGAGAUCGGUCCACGGCCAGGCUGCAAUGCGGACACCAAUUCCACCUAGACUGUAUCGGCUCUGCAUUUAAUGCUAAGGGGGUUAUGCAAUGCCCAAAUUGUCGAAAAGUCGAGAAUGGCAAUUGGCUCUUUGCAAGCAGUUCACAGCCAUUGCCAGAGCUGAACAUGGGUGACUGGGCACAUGAUGAAGACCUCUAUGAUCUCAGUUAUUCAGAAAUGCUGCAUAUGUGGAGGUGGUCCUUGGACUGCAGCGCACAAGCCAUAUGCAAUCUUUUUAUGUGCUGGGCCGCAUGUCCGGGCGGCCACCCAUUUGGACUUCAUUGGUGCCCAUUUAGUAGAUUAACACGGGUUCUAUCAUCAUUUGAGGAAAGGGAAUCUUCUCCACCUAUUGCUUUCCAAGAUCUUUUGGGACAUCAUGCCUUCUUUACGGAGCAUCUGGCUACUUCAGCGGCAGCUUAUCCAGGCCCACAUGUGGCUUACUUGCAGCCACUGCGACCGUCAUCUUCCUCAAAUUCCGAUGUUACCGCUGAAAAUCCUAUUGGUGGUUCUGGAUAUCACCAUCACUGGAGUCAUAUUCCUAGGCCAGUGGAUGUCCAGACUGCUCACACAUUAGCGCCCACUGAUCUUCAGUAUCAUGGUUGGGAACACCAUUCUCGAUCAUAUUCGCCUCCUAACAACAAUAUCAGUAGUGCUGAUCAGGCUUCCGCUUCUACAAUGAUGAGAACUGCAAGGCUUGAUUCUGAUGGUCUACUGAGGGCAGGGACUCUUGUCCCCUUUAUUCUUGGGAACGGAUCUGCUUCUAGAACCAGAGUCACCAGUUCUUUUGUUCCCCCGCUGGUUCCCCAAUAUCAGAGAGUUCGUGGCAUUGUUCAUGAUCAUCAAAAUUCCCAAAGCAUACAUGGAACCAUAUUUGCAGGUAUACAGCGUUCAGGAGGUUUGAGGGGUUUGGCUACCUUAGGGCCAACACCGCGCUCUCUGCCAGAUCAUGCUGGCUUUUACCUGCUCCCUUCUGCCGGUCCAUCAGGUCAAAAUCUAAUGGAUGCCGAGAACCCUGCAGGAAACCAUUUCUAUGCAUCAUGGGAAAGGGACCGAUUUGCUCCAUAUCAGUUGUUUCCUGUUGACAGGGAAUCAGGUUGGUGGGGAUCCUAUCCACAAUCUACUGGUGUGUCAGAUUCUAGUCACAGGGUUGGUCUGUGGCCCCUAACAGGAUCCGAGAGGUCAUCAUCACGAGGCUGGUCAGAGAGCCUGUCUUACCAGCCUACACAUGUUGCUCGCAUGCAUUGGCCAAAUUCAUGACAUGUUGCAGAAGCAAUGUUGUAAAAUGAAAUGACUUUUACAUAUGGCUUGGUUGCCUCUUAGAACUGAGACCGAAAACAAUCUUUUGGGAGUAAUCCAGCUGAAAGCUUGUUUAUAGCUUUGUAGGGGCCAUAAUAUAAUUUAUGCUUGGAAACUACUGGGAUGAUUUUGGGAGACAGACAGAUUUCAAUUACUUCUGCUGAAUCUAUCCCAGUGAGAAAAAUCGAGAACAUCAUCCAAAAAUCCCAUUGUCUAAAAAUAAAAGGGAAACAUUUUGCUUUUCAA